UCCAAUCAAAAUGGCGACGAUUUUAUGGUAAACAUGCCCUCUUGGUUAGUUUUUCCUCAACUGCUUUUGAUGCUUUGAACUUUUGAAACAAAAUGGUAACUGUUCCUAAAGACAUGGCAAAGGCCUUAAAUGAGGGUGGCUACUUUCUUGAUGAUGAUGACGAAGUAAGUGACGCAAAGCUGACAAUUGCGUAUAACGAAUUCAGACAUCGUGAGAAGAUUGAAGGUUCAGAAAAGGUCAAGCAAUCAUGGCGAAUGAAAGAGCGUAUGAAAACUGUGAGUGUUGCCCUGGUACUGUGCCUAAAUGUUGGUGUCGACCCUCCUGAUGUGGUGAAAACGUCUCCAUGCGCCCGCCUUGAAUGCUGGAUUGAUCCAUUGGCUCAAAGUCCUCAAAAAGCCUUAGAAGCAAUUGGGAAAAACCUACAAACGCAGUAUGAGCGGUGGCAGCCGAGGGCUAGAUACAAGCAGACACUAGACCCCACUGUAGAAGAAGUGAAAAAGUUGUGUACAUCCCUCAGGAGAAAUGCCAAGGAAGAAAGAGUUUUAUUCCAUUACAACGGACAUGGAGUGCCCAAACCAACUGUCAAUGGAGAGAUUUGGGUGUUCAAUAAAAGUUACACCCAGUACAUCCCGUUGUCCAUCUAUGACCUUCAGACGUGGAUGGGAAGUCCAUCAAUUUAUGUGUAUGACUGUUCUCAUGCUGGCAUCAUCGUAGAGCUCUUCAAGACCUUUAGCAUACAGCGUGAUCAGGAGGCCGCGGCUGUAAAUGGCAAGUCACACACAGCAGCAAAUGGCCCAAGUGCCCGACACUGUAUCCAGCUGGCUGCUUGCGGGCCCAGUGAACUCCUGCCAAUGAACCCAGAACUGCCCGCCGACCUCUUCACCUCCUGCCUUACCACGCCCAUCAAGAUUGCUCUCAUCUGGUAUGUGCUACAGAAUACAAGCAGACUGGUGCCUGGACUGACUCAAGACAUGGUUGACAAGGUGCCGGGUCUGUUGAAUGACCGGCGAACAAUGCUGGGGGAACUCAACUGGAUAUUCACAGCCAUCACUGACACCAUUGCCUGGAAUACACUGCCUAGAGACUUGUUCCAAAAGCUGUUCCGUCAAGACCUGCUGGUUGCGAGUCUGUUCAGAAACUUUCUGCUGGCCGAGAGGAUCAUGAGGUCGUACAACUGUACCCCAAUAUCUUCACCGAAAUUGCCUCCAACCUACCAACACCCCAUGUGGCAAGCAUGGGACCUUGCCCUGGACCUCUGUCUUCGCCAACUCCCCCGUCUCCUGGAGGAUGACAGUGCCGUGUUCCAGCACAGUCCAUUCUUCACGGAGCAGUUGACAGCGUUUGAUGUUUGGCUCAAAUAUGGAGAUGAGUCACGGGCUCCACCGGAACAGCUGCCCAUCGUUCUACAGGUGUUGCUCAGCCAGGUUCACAGAUUGCGGGCGUUGGAACUGCUGGGCCGGUUCCUGGACCUUGGACCAUGGGCAGUCAGUUUGGCCCUGUCAGUGGGCAUAUUCCCAUAUGUGCUGAAACUGCUACAGAGCAAUGCCAGGGAACUCCGACCUCUACUAGUCUUCAUCUGGGCCAAAAUUCUCUCUGUGGACAGUUCAUGUCAAGGAGAUCUUGUCAAGGACAACGGACACAAGUACUUCCUCAAUGUGCUAGGAGAUCCUUACAUGCCCUCGAAACAAAAGACGAUGGCAGUGUUUGUGUUGGCCAUGAUGGUCAGUGGCUACAAACAAGGACAGGAAGCUGCUCUACAAGGCAAUGUGAUUUCCAUCUGUCUAGAACAGCUGGCAGACUCCAGCGCCCUUCUCCGCCAGUGGCUUGCCCUCUGCCUGGCAAAGGUAUGGACCAACUUUGACAGCGCCCGCUGGUGUGGAGUGCGGGACAGUGCCCAUGAGAAGAUGUACAAGCUUCUGAACGAUCCGGAGCCAGAGGUACGUGCUGCGGCAGUGUACGCGUUAGGGAUGUUCAUCAGCAAUGUGAGUGAGAAAAGUGACCAUGCCAACAGUAUUGACCUGGCAGUGGGCAUGAGACUUAUACCGGUGGCCAGUGAUGGCUGCCCUCUCGUCAGAAAGGAGCUGGUUGUGGCAUACAGUGGCCUGAUUCUUCACUUUGAGACCCAGUUUGUAGUGGCUGCCUCUCAGCAAAUGGAGGAAGAGAAACAAAGGGAGAGAACUGUGGCAGUUGUGACAGGGGAGGCCUCUGGUGGGUGGAGUCUAGUAUCCCCUGGGUCCCCAGGCCAUAGACAUGAGAAUGUCACCAUUAUAGUGACACCACCAGGGCAAGAAGCCCACUACAGGCCCAGUGAGAAUGUCUUCCCCAGCGGUGGUUCCGGCAGCAUCAAGCGUUCAUCAUCACGCGGCAGUCUCAAAAACCUUCUCACAUCCUCAUCAAGCAGAGACAUAUUGAGUAUGGGUAUGGCGGGUGUGGUUCCAGCUCCACCACCCCUCCCGCACCACUUCAUGGCCAGCUCAAUGGAGAAUCUUGCCCACCUGGAGCUCCCUUCCCCAGCCUCGUCCCGCAUCCCUCGCGCCAUGUCCACCAGUGCGAUAUCUGCGGCGGGGCAUAUGUCAAACAAUGUCUACAGCAAUGUGUGGAAGGUACUCCUACAGCUCGCUGUCGAUCCUGAGCACUUUGUGGCAGAGAUGGCUAAAAACCUUGUGAAGCUCGUCAGGAAAAAGGCUCAAAUGCUUGAUAUCACCACGCCGCGAGGUCGCCCAGUCUCUCAGAGCAGUGGGGUCUCUACAUCGGCUCCUUCCAGUCCAUCUAACAAAUCCUUUAUGACCAGCGUAGGCACACCCCCAUCUGGAACAUUGUCAGGGAUCAUGGAGGAGUCUGCUGAGCAUCGCCGGCAAUCCCCCGCUCGCUCCACCCCCCUCACAAGCAACCCAACAAGCCCUUUCACCCACUCAGCACAGUUCCCAAGAUCCAGGAAAAUGUUUGACAGAGGCCCUAGUCUGUCUGAAGACAAGGAUGACGAUAAUGUACCAAACAAUCUACCACCAAGACUGACAACUGAAACCGAUUUCUUUGGCUGGAGCUGCAAGCAUUUUGUUCAACCGAUAAACAGAUUGUCAGAGGAAGAAGACCCAGAGAGUGAUGUGUUUAUGGAACGCAAGUUCCGAUUUAAUCGGAACAACUCAGUACGACUGGAAGCUAAAGAAGAACAGUCUAGAGCAGGUUUCAACCGGCUGGACAAUGAGAUAUUUGUGAACCGUAAUGUUGGCAUUCCCUCUGUGAUCACGUUCCACCCGUAUCAGUCUGAACUGGCAGUGGCCGACAAGGAUGGAAUCUCGUUUUGGGACUGGGAGCAGGGCCCUAAGGUUGGCUACCUGGUAAAUGGUAACCCCCGACAUACCAAGAUCAGCACGCUCGAGUACCUCAAUGCCCAUGACAACACUCUACUGCUCUGUGGAUCAGAUGAUGGUUGUGUGAGGUUGUGGCGUAACUAUGUGGGUGAGGAUGUGUCCCCAGAUCUUGUCUCUGCAUUCCAGGCCGUCAGCGAGAUGCUUCCACUAACAAGAGGUUCAGGUCUGGUGACAAACUGGGAACAGCACACAGGCAGUCUGUUGGCCUCAGGAGAUGUCAGGUUUAUACGUGUCUGGGACACACACAAGGAACUCAAGGUCCAGGAUAUCCCGACGGGGGCAGACAGCUGUGUGACAUGCCUUGCCUCUGACAUGUCGGGUCGGUCCCUGCUGAUUGCCGGCUGUGGUGACGGCAGUGUCAGGCUGUUUGAUAGGAGGCUUGCUCCUACUGAAUGUCGAGUGAUGACAUUAAGGGAACAUGGACGGUGGAUUGUGAAAGUUCACCUACAGAAGGGGCCCGAGGGGAAGAUAGUCACUGCAAGCAAUGCCGGAGAUCUGAGGUUCUGGGACCCUCGAUUCACAGAGAGUGUGCGCUCACUCAGUCUGCAGUCUAGCUUUACCAGUGUGGACAUACACCCACGGGCUGAUGUUCUUGCCUGUGGGUCCCUGAACCAGUACAUCGGUGUGUAUAACCAGUCUGGGGACUCCCUCAGCACCAUCAAGUACCAUGAUGGAUUCAUCGGCCAGCGUAUCGGCACCAUCACAUCUCUAGCCUUCCACCCUUACAAGGUUAAGCUGGCUGCGGGCAGCACAGACUCGUACAUUUCCAUUUACUCAACGGCCAUGAAACGGAGUUGAUGUCAGCUUCCAGAUGGCUAGUUCUCAUUUCCCCGCCAAAUAUGAGAAGCAACGACUACCUGCUGCUACAUAACUUCACAUUUGCUCAGCUUUAUAUCCAUUGUGUUAAUGUGAUAGUUUGAAAGAGUGAGAGCAUUGUGAUAUUCAGUGAUUAUGUCUCAUAUAACAAGUGGUUGAAAGGUGUAGACUUUAACUUUAUGUGCAAUAUUUCAAGUAUGGUUGAGCCACCUGAACCCCAUAACUCGCAUCCAUAGUGAGAUGUUGAACGCUAGUCUGUGCUGGCCUCGUGUAAAACAAGAGAAGAGACUCCUCCUACAUGUACAUGUAGGUAGUAUCUGCUAUCAUAUUCAUGAAUUAAAGGUCUAUGAUUAACAAUACUGAUCCCUAAUCUACAUCAAGACCCUGGAUUGAUCAGGAGCAUGUACAUGUAGCUGUUUGUGAAAUGCAGAGGUAUGUCAAAUAGGUGUAUUUUGUAAGCAAGUUAUUAUUGCCUCUAAUCUGCUCUACCAAUAGACAGUUGCCUGUAAGAAAAUUGAAUAAGGAGAAACUACCCAUGAGAUAAAUUGUGACUUGACGUAAUGAUAUACAUUGUAGUAUUAUUAUUCAAGCAAGAAACAACCAAUUAAUUAGUACACUUGUAAGUGUGCUGACCACUGGUAGGAGAACCCAAAGAUACAAUGUAGGUAUCUGUUAUUUUAAUACAAUAACUGAUAUAGAAUGAACAUAUUUGCAUAUAAAUAAUGGUUAAAGAUGUGCUGGAUCUUGCAGCUCAGGAAAAUUAAGCACAACAUAAAAAGAUGCAUGGAAUAAGCAUGACAAAAAUGGGAACCUCGCUUGGCAAGGUCACUUGAAGGAGGCUGUUUAUCUAAGGUGGUAAAUCUUAUCUACUGGUAUAUGUGCUUUUAUUUAUUAAAUCCUUAUACCGGUCAAUUAAGUAGUUGAAUCGGAACAAGUCUUGUGUUUAUUGUCAUUUAUAUAAUAAUAAAAUCAUGUAGGUCAAUAUGUUACUAUGUCAAAUAUUAACUUAUUCAAUGUGAUGUUUUUAGAACCACUGCCAGAACUAUGUGUUAUUAUCAGGUGAGAUUAAUUCUUACCAGAGCUUGAAAUGUGUUAUAUAAGCACCAAUCAAACAAUUCGGCAGAGAUUGUUACUUUUUAUGUUAAUGUGAAUGUUGUUAACGCUGCCUACUGUGAUAGAUUAGAAUAGACCUGUUUUAUGAGAAUAGUUUUAAUGCUGUAAAUGAGUAUAUGUGUAGUAAUUUUAUCCUUGUGUAUAUAUUACGUAUGAAAUUAUUAAUGGUACACACACAUAGAAUUAGAUUUAUUCAUUUAAAAAUUUGCUUCUUCUAUGCUUGAAUUGAAGCUUGAAAUGUAAUGUAAUUGGAUAUGAAUGCUAUGUAAAUGUGUAUAUCUUGCAGUAAUUUAAUACGUGGGCUUUAAAAUAAUAAUGAUUUCUUUGGGGUUUUUUAGCUCUACUGGCCAAAGGCCAGAAGAUCUUAUGUGAUGGUAAUGUGUACGUAGUAUGUGCAUCCGUGCGUUCGUGCGUCUGUAAACAAUUGCUUGUGAACACAAUACAGUCUUCAGUUUUGAUUGUAUCUUGAUGAAACUUGUACAGUAUCUAGAUAUCCAUUACAGCUCGGUUCCUUUCGAAAACCAGCAAGAUCCGCCCAUGAAUGCCUAGAUUAUGGGCCAUGAAAGUUUUAAAGAAAUGCUUUCUAUUUUUAGCCAGGUCUGCAUGAGCGAAUUCUAUUUUUAGCCAAGUUUACAUGUACAUGUAAAUUCAAGUCUAGAGUUAAGGGAGACAAUUUGCAAGUCUAGGAUUUUGAGAGACAAUUUGCUUUUUGCUUCUGCAUUUGAUUUUGUGAAUUACUCUGCCUUGUUCUUGUUGAAAGCCCAAAGGCCAUUUUUUAGCUUUAGGUUCUGUAGUUUGCGCAUUCAUCUUAACAAAAUUGGUUGUGAAUGUUUAAGUUAUGCACCUGGUGUCAUUACUGGCCACAACCUGGGUUCACAGGUUUGGUAAACAUAAAUCUGGAAAGGUUUGAAAAUCUUUUUGUGUGUUCGUGCAUCCAUCUCAGCACAACUGAUUGUGAAUGUUUGUUCAAAUUGAUCAAUGUUGUCCUAGGAUGCCCUUGAUUUUGACCUUUUGACCAACUUUUUUUAACUUUUAAAACUACAGAAAAUUUUACUAGGAGUACAGUUUUGAAAGCAUUUUUUUUUGUCAGAUGACUUUUACUUGGCACAUAUUAAAAUAGUUCAUGCAACUAAUCUGCUUACAAUACUUUCUGGGCUCGGAUGUUGAACGUGCCACGUUUUCAGGUAACCCAAACACAAAACAUAAACUAUAUAUCUGUUGCCUUUUACCCAUACAUACAUGCUCUGGAUUGAUAUGACCACAAAAGCCAUGCCAGUAGAGCAUAGGCCCUUUUGGGCCUCUUGUUUUACUAAACUUCCAUUAAAAGGUUUUUUACUUUAGUAUGCAUUAGUAAGCAUAAUACUUUUACUAUUUAUUGCUUUUGUACAUUAUGAAGAAAACAAUAAAGGGUAAACAUUUUCGUAAAUGCAACUUGUGCAGAUUCCUGGUGAUCAGGAAUAUAUAAUUUACAGUAAACUGUGGAAUAAAUUCUAGUUUCAUUAGAUUUAGUUAAAAUAAGACUGGUGUUAUUUGAUUGAUUGAUUGGUUGAUUGAUUGAUUGAUUGACAUAAAUACUGAUGUCAUUUGAUUGGAUGAUAUAAAUACUGGUGUCAUUUGAUUGGUUGAAAUAAUACUGGUGUAAUUUGAUUGGUUGAAAUAAAUACUGGUUUUCUAUUGAUUGGUUUAAUCAAAUACUGGUGUCAAUUUUUAUUGAUUGAUUGUCAUUUUAUUUUGUCACCUGAACAUAUCAUUUUAUUCUGUCACCUGAACAUAAUACCAUUUAAAGUUUACCUUUUGAGCAUGCCUUUAUAGAUUAAAAAUAUUUAUAUCAUAAAUGUAAAUUUGACAACAUUCAGGUUAAACACAAGAAUUUGAUCAGAAGCUAAAAGCUUUUAAAGAUCAUCUUCUUCAAUAUAAAAAGAAUAACAGCAUGCCUUAUAUUUAAGAGGUCAUAAAGAUUUUAACUGACAUGAAAUAAAGAAGGCUAUAGAAUCUUUUCACUAUCACCCUGAGAUACAUGAACUUCAUUAUUAGCUGUUCAUCAUUGAAUUUGCUGACUUUUGGAAACACUGAUAAUAUGGUCAUUUAAUGUUUUGUAUUAAAUCAUUUUGACCUAAGCCAUCAUUACCUUUCAAUCCAUGAUGGAACAAUUUAUAUAUUUUCUUAGUCAUUAAUAGCGCUAAACCCUCGUUCAAAUAUUUCUUGUGAUAGGCUGCAUGUUAAUUAAACCAGUUUUAUAUAUGUGUAUGCAAAUGUUAUAUUAAUCAUUUACAGAAGCACAUAAUUAUAAAAAAAUAAAUGUAUAAGGUUAUUCAAUUAUGAAAUUUAAUUGUUGUCUGUUAUUUAUUCUCAUGCAUUUCAUACUUUUUUGUAUGAGGAUAAUACAAAUUUGUAAUGAUGCAAAGGGAAUAUUAUGUUAGUACAUCGACCUGUGGGGUUGUUUCACUUUGACUUGCUUGCGUAAAGUCCAUAACAGUCCAGUGUCAGUGAAGUGUAUCGUUACGCAAGCAACGAGAAUUGAUGCAAUCCAUCAUAUCGACUGACUAUCAUAGUAUUUCUUAAAUUUAAACCCUAUCAGUUGUUUAGAUCUACUGGCGAAAGGCCAGGAGAGCUAAUGCCAUGGCCUGGUGUCCGUCUGUCAACAAUUGUUUGUGAAUACAAUUCAGUCUUCAGCUUUGAUUGUAUAUCCAUCAAACUUAUACAGUAGUAAGAUAUCCAUGAAAGCUUGGUUCAUCUCCUAAACCAGCCAGAUUUGCUUAUGUAUGACUAGAUUAUGGUUCUUAUAAUGCUGCAGCCUGGCAAAGUAUACUCUAAGGGAGGUAACAUUAUACAGAGAGCUGUUUUAUUAUUGUAGCAUUUCUCUCCCUUUGUAAAACAUGGUUCAUUGAUUGCUUCCCUCUUGAUGCGGGUUCAGGAGAGCAUAGACCCUAUUUGAUCUCUUGUUUUAAUAAAAAAACAGCAAUUUUCGUAAAUGAACUACACCCGUUCUGCUUCCUUUUCUUAGUUUUUUGGAAGUAGAUGUGCAAUUCACAUUAGGCUUCUGUGACUUUUCUUAGUUUUUUGGAAGUAGAUGUGCAAUUCACAUUAGGCUUCUGUGAUAGGAAUCAGAAAACAGAGUACAGAAUACAGAAAUUCUGUCUGAGUGCUAUUUUAUGUUAAAAUAACGCAAUAUUUCAGAUGGAAAUGUAUUAGUUAUGAAAUGAAUUUAUUUAUUUAAUAUAUCCCAUAUAUUAAAAAAAAUAUUCUGCAUGUGACUGGUGUAUAUAAUUUCAUCGGCUUAAUUGUAUAUAUUUCCCUGUACAAAGGAUUAUAAUAAAACUAGAGGUUGAUACAGAACCAUCGGCAAGUAGCUUUUAAUUGUUAUGGUUGUCUGAAAUAAAUGAAAUUGAACCAAA